GAUCUGGAAAUCGGCAAUUUUAGUAUCUAGCAUUUAGCAGGAUUUUCGGGGGUCCUAUGUACAGCGUCUCCCGAAUAAGGUCGGUGAUGUGCGCAAGCCCCUUCAUGCUUGGCGCCUUGAGGAAGAGGAUCGACAAGGAGCUCUUGCACGCCACAUGUACAAUGCAAAGUCAACAACGACGAACACAACCCCUACUGAUGAUUUGCGAGAUGGUUUGA